AUGCUGGGCCCCAGCCUGUUGGUCGCUCUCUGCGGCGCGCUCAUCUGCGUCCCGGGCCUCUCCGCCGAGGAGGCCGCCUCCGGUAACUUCUGUGACCCCAGCUUGUGCCUGAAUGGAGGGACCUGCAUGGUGGGCCAGUUCAGUGUCCCCUUCUACUGCCUCUGUCCUGAGGGCUUCACGGGUGCCAUAUGCAAUGUGACUGAUGAAGGUCCCUGUAUGCCAAAUCCGUGCCACCAUAAUGCUGAAUGCAUCGUAGUCCCACAACGAGGGGACGUCUUCACUGAGUUCUUCUGCAAGUGUCCACGAGGCUUCGCAGGCAUCCACUGUGAGGCCAACUGCCUCACACCACUGGGCAUGGAAGGGGGCGCCAUUGCCAACUCUCAGAUCUCGGCCUCCUCUGUCCACAUGGGCUUCAUGGGUAUGCAGCGCUGGGCCCCCGAGUUGGCCCGCCUGCACCAAAGCGGCAUCGUCAACGCCUGGGCAGCCAGCAACUACGACAAGCACCCCUGGAUCCAGGUUAACCUGCUUCGGAGGAUGUGGGUGACAGGAGUGGUGACACAAGGUGCCAGCCGUGUGGCCAGUGCUGAAUACGUGAAGCGCUUCAAGGUUGCUCACAGCCUUGAUGGGCACACAUUCCAGUUCAUCCAGGAUCCAGAGAGCCUUGGAGAUAAGCUGUUUGAGGGCAACAAGGAUAAAAACAGCAUAAAGAUGAACCUGUUUGACCUCCCCGUGGAGACGCAGUAUCUGAGACUGGUCCCUGUGACCUGCCACCAGCGCUGUACCCUCCGCUUUGAGCUGCUUGGCUGUGAGCUGUCUGGAUGCUCUGAACCGCUGGGCAUGAAGGACAACACCAUCCCUGACAAGCAGAUCACGGCCUCCAGCUUCUACAACUCAUGGGGGGUGAGCGCCUGGGGCUGGCUCCCCUCCUUCGCACGCCUGGACAGGCAGGGCAUAUUAAACGCUUGGACCGCCAAGACCAACAACCCCUCCGAGUGGCUGCAGGUCGACCUGGGUACCAAGAAGCGCCUGUCGGGCAUCAUCACCCAGGGGGCUCGUGACUUUGGCACCGUCCAGUACGUGGCAGCCUUCAAGGUGGCCUACAGCAACGACGGUAAGAACUGGACCGAGUACAGGGAACGCGGGAGUACCGAGAGCAAGAUCUUCCAUGGCAACUUUGACAACAACUCGCACAAGAAGAACAUAUUUGAGACACCCUUCGAGGCUCGCUACGUCCGCGUGUUGCCUGUUUCCUGGCAUAACCACAUCACCCUGCGUUUGGAGCUGCUGGGCUGCUAA